UUCAUCGCUUGAAUCAAUAAUUUGCAAGCUUCGAGGACAUGCUCUCAGGACUUUAUUCAAAGGUCAUUCCUUCAGGCAGAAUAUCGUUGAUAUGCAUGAGGAAUUGCGGCUUUUGCUGAAUUGUUGUUUCCAUAAACUGCUCGAAGCCCACCGCCAUGACCAUUCGUGGAGUGGACAAUGGACCAUUGGUGAUUGGUAUGUUCUAGAUGAUGGGAGGGUUGAGAUCGAAGUCCCUCCUGUGAUGUAUCAGGACCAUGCUGAACUGUUGACUGCCUGCAAAGCUGAUUUAAAGAAAUUUGCGACAUCCAUUGUCUCGCUGUUUGCUAUACAAGGCGAUUUUCCGGCUUAUUUGCUCCAUUUCUCCAAAGAGCUCAAGGGUGAUGUGCAAAAUAUGACUUAUGAUGACUAUUUUGGCAGUGACAAGGAGAGGGAGUCCCGGGUGUAUUUGUCUGGGCAUGGGUGGUACAUGGAGUAUCUAGAGUUCCAUCCUGCAUUGUUGUCUCCGGUAGCAAGACUUGCUUUGAUUGAAGGAUGGUAUCUCUGUAUUAAUGAUCUUCAGUAUGACAGGUGGAUUGAGUUCACCAGUGUCUUAUGCUCACGAUUGGAUUGGAUGCAAGUAAUUACCGACAACAGUGCUGAUGAAGUUGAUGAUCUCGUGUGGUUGACGUUUUGGUACAAAGCAGGAAAACCUAAUCCGCUAGAUUCGUCAACUUGGAAGCCACGAUACAAAGAUACUUGGGCAAAAAAGCACUUGUUCUUACGGCAACUGUGCUAUCAUUCGUACCGGCACACCAAGUUUGCAGGGGGUAUUCAGAGCGUUAAGAAUGAAGAUGAGCCGGAGCUCAAUGCAGCUCGACUGGAACCUGAUUUUCUGCCAGAGUUUGUGAAGCUCCUCCUCAGUGAACGGAAGAUGACCGAGGGUUUCUUUCGACACUGGCAGGCUUAUCGCAGGCAGAAGUUUUGACUGAUGCUGACUUCACAAGCCAGAGCUGGAGUGUGGACCGAAGAAUCGCCAACCUGGGUACGCGUAGGAGUCUUGCUGGCCGAAGAGGUUGUAAUGCCUGUCAAGUUCUUGACUGUUCUGAGGCACAUUGUCUGCCUAGUACUUUCAGCUUGAGUUACUCUUUACAUUCUGCUUAGGUGAUUUGUUGGUGAGGAGAUUAUGAGGUUGUAUGGCAGACGAUCCGUUUCGCACCAGGCUUUUGCUUUGACUACUACUUUUUAGUAUACUGUCACUAUUUAGCGGUGCCUGAUCGUAUGUCUUCAUGAGUUAUUGGUUGACUGCUGAUUUCAGUAUGCUGUGCUGCGCCUGAUCGUAUUAGUCUUCAUGAGUUAUUGGUUGUCGUUUGGAUUGUCUUUGUGAACUACCGAGUGUUGUUUGCAGUAUGUUUACGAACUGUGGAUUGUUGUUUUCCGGUGAUCCCCUUGUUGUCUUGCAGCACUUGUUCAGUGCGCUUUGCAUGGAGGAGCUAAC